ACCACACUUCCAUCGGUUACUAAGUAACCAUAGGUAACAUCUAAAAAGGUACAAGUUUCAGUUACUGUGACAUCUCAAAAGUAAUAGACUAGUACAGUAACUGUAACGGGAAGUGGUUUUUUUAGUGAUUUGGGACAAACUAGUAACAGUUUGCAAAGUAACCGUUACAAGAAAAAUUAGAUGAUUUUGUUUGGUGACUGGGUUUGAAGGUUAAUUGAGAGUCGGGUUAGCUUUGUAAAUAACUUUAAGAAAACUUCUUGGUGGACUUAAAGCAAUGGGAUGUGUGAUUUUAAAAUUGUAACAUACAAAAAGAAUAGAAAUAGAAAACGUAAAUCAACACUAAUUGAAGACAUCACGUUAAAAGAUUGUAACCCCCUGAGUUGCAGCCAGAUAGGUAUACCACAAGAUCGUGUUGUCAAAAAGAUAAAGUCAGCUAAAGAAGAUAUUGAGGAAUCAACCUUUUAUAAAAAUUUUAUCCAGCAACUGAAUCAAGAAAACUGCAUUGAAAAUAAAAUAGACAUUGUGAUCUUACGGCAUAGAGGGAUGGCUGUUAAUCCGAAUUUGAGAAUCUUGAGACAUCUUGCUUCUGAAUUGAGAACUUCUAGUUUCUCUGGCACUUUGAAAGAUUCACCAGCAUUUCCAUUCAUCUUGAAUCAGUACAGGAGGUUCAAAGUUACUGAUCAACAGUUGUGUAAAGCCCAAGAAGAAAUGCGGUACAUGUCAGAAACGUACCUCUGUUAUUUAAAAAGCUCACGACAAUACGUGGAGCUUCAUAAACAGUAUCAAGGGAAGGGUGAACGAUCCACAGAGGAAACAGCGAACUUGGUGGGUUUCAAGCUUCCCCAUGAUCCCAAGUAGAGCAGCUGCUAAGUCUAGAGCUAAGUGUAGAAAUGAAAAUAGUUUAUUAUUACAAUUUUGUUUUCAUGGGUCCAAUACAUUGGAUCAGACCUAGUAGAAUGUCCCUUAAACCAUUUCAAGCUAAAAGGAAUGGAAAGUUGUCCACCCUUGGCUUGAUUGUGGAGAUUUGGCUGGCAUCACAGUUAUAAAACGACUAGGCACAGGAGCUGGUAAAAAGACGUGUUUCUGGUAGAUUGGAAGGGUUUCUUAUUAGCACUUUCAAUUCCAGCCAAUCUCACAUUUUUGGAAGAUUUUUAUGGCAGGAGUGAAUGUGCUAAAACUAUUUAAUUCAAGCAAACAUAUUGUACAGUUUCUCGGUUAUUGUAAUAGAAACUUACGCACUUCUAACAGAGUAUCAUGCAAAGGGAAAUGCAGCAGAUUUUUUUAAGUAAAACAUUCCCUUACAGUGUCAUGAAAGGUUUGGAAUUUUGUCAUCAGUAUGCACUAAUCUUAAACCAUUUGCAUAAUGGGCCGGCUGGGAGAAGAGUAUUUUUGUGAUUCUAACAAUUUGGACAAGCUGUUGAGUCAACUACUUGUAACAUCCGAUGAAAAGUUGAUUUUAAACGAUGUUGAUGCAUUACCAGAAGUCAUCAAUGGUUCUGGUGUAAAGUGUGGUAAACAACAAUUACAUGGCACCUUUGUAGCUCCAGAACAGUU